AUUCCCUUAAUUAGUACUCUAAUUUUUUUUUUUUUUUUUAAAAAGGUGGAGGGAGUCAUAUGAGGGAUAGGUGGGCAGCAUGGGCCAUAUACAAACAAUUCCAGCGGCAGGGGUAACGGCAGAGACCUUCUGCACGCCCAACAACAAUAUCAACCCCAACUCCAAGACUAUUAUCCUCACAUCUACCUUAUUGAUUCUCCUUCUAUUUCUCUAUACUCUAUAAUUAUUAUAUAUAUGUACACAAAACUUUACGUAUGUGGAUAAUACCAAUAUAUAUGUACAAGUGAAAAAUUCAAUGAAUCAUAAAUAAUAGGGGGUGUGAAGGAAAGAGUUGAUAAGAAACACGAGAGUUCUCUCCAAAGAAAGAGCCAAACCAAAGCUAAGGCCACGCAAAAGGAGAAGAACAAAGCAAAGAGGAAAACCAAGAACCAGAAUAAGACGGGCUACCCCUCCUCUUUCUUUCUUGGACUGAUUCUCUCUAUUUCUUCUCUCUCUUUUACAUAUGCUUUCAAAAGCAAUUUAGCAUACCAAAGAAGCAAGCAUAAGGGAACAAGCAAAGGAAGGCAAGUUUUGAGGAGGGAAAAAAACAGAAGAAAGUUAAAAAAGGAUAAAAGUUUUUAUUAGGUUGGGAAAAAAAGUGAAGGAGCAGGCAGAAAAAUUGGUCAUGUUGGUGUUCUUGGAAAUGGCUUCUCAUAUGUAAAAAGAUUCAUUCACUCUUUAACAUCACUCACUCUCUCUCUUCUCUCAAAAAGCUUCUUUCUUUUUCGUCUUUCAUAACUUGUCCUCAUUCUUUACAUUUCUUUGGUAUUUUCUUGAAGGGUGUCAGUGAAGAGUCUGCCUUGGUUUAGGGCAUCUUCUUCUCUAUCUAUUCAUGCUGUUUAUGUGUUAGCCCCUUUUAAUCACCAAUCACACAUCUCUUCAUUACCAUCUUCCAACUUACAAGCCCCUUUUCUCUCUAUAUAGUCUAUCUAUCUGCCUUUCUCUUCUCAAUUCUCUAAUCAUAUCCCCAUUUCUAGAAAUGGCUGUCCAAGCUCAAUAUCCAUCUAAUGUUCUCUUUUUAAACAGAAAUGUACAAGAAGGAAAAAGCCCACUUGGUAAUGAUUAUUCAUUGCAACCUCAACCUGGUGGUGGUGGUGGUGGUGGAUCUUUUCUUGAUCAAACACAAAUGCUAUUCAAUCCAGGAGUUGGGGCAAAUACAAGAAAACGAGGACGAGAACUUACAAGUACAACAACAGCAGCAAUGAAUCAUCCAUUGAUGUCAAUGCAAUCUCAGCCCCAGCCUCAGCCUCAACCGCAACUCAUUGACUUAACUCAGCUUCAUACAUCGCCUCCUUCGCAGCAACAGCCUCCGAAUGUUGUCUCCACCGGUCUCCGUUUAGCUUUCGGAGACCAACAGCAACAACAACAACAACAACAUCAAUUACAGCAGCAACAACAACAUCAUCAUCAACAUCACUCUCUUUCUCCUCAAUCCUCUCAAUCAUCAGCUUUCUAUUCAAUAUUAACAGAUGACUUAGCUACUCAUAUCAAACACCAACGCGAUGAAAUUGAUCAUCUCCUCCAAAUUCAGGGAGAACAAUUGAGGCGUACGUUAGCAGAGAAGAGGCAACGUCACUACCGUGCGCUGAUAGGAGCAGCAGAGGAGUCAAUAACGCGAAGGCUAAGAGAAAAAGAAGCGGAAAUGGCGAAAGCAGCGCGUCGAAACGCGGAACUAGAAGCGCGUGCAGCACAAUUAAGCGCAGAGGCGCAGGCGUGGCAAGCAAGAGCUAGGCAACAAGAAGUUACAGCAGCAACACUGCAAGCGCAGUUACAACACGCGAUGAUGAACAACGGCGCGUGUAAUAAUAAUAAUAAUAACGAGAGAGACGAAGGGAAUAAUAAUAAUGGUGAACCGGAGGAUGCUGAAUCGGCUUAUAUUGACCCGGACCGGGUUGUUGAAUCGACCGGACCGAGUUGCAAAGGGUGUAACAAACGAGUUGCAUCAGUGGUGAUAUUGCCGUGUCGACAUAUGUGUGUGUGUACAGAAUGUGAUGCUGUUGCUCAAGCUUGCCCAUUGUGUUUCUCCAUUAGAAGCUCAAGUGUUGAAGUCUUUCUCUGUUAAGUCCCUGCCCAACUGGAGAGUGGACAGCUAAUGUGUUCCGUUUAUUAAACAGGGUUCUAUAAUC